AUGACCACCAGGAUACUAGCAAUUUUAUUGGCUUUGGGUGCUUCCUCAUAUAGCUUGGAUCUUUGUGACUACUAUGCUUUAACCGGUCAACUGGACAGUCAUCCUGAAUGUAAACGAGACAUGCCUGAACCGUCAACUACCCCAAAACCUGUUCGCAUUGAGUUCUGCUCAAGCUCAGCAGCUCUAAUCCAGUGCACCUCCGAUCAUAAAACUUGCCCGCUAUCCGGACAAGUUUGUAUACAAUCGGACGGCAAUAAAUGCUGCCAAAUCGAGACAGCAGGUAUUCCUGCAUCAGAGAUUAACUCCAAAGCGGGUUCAUGUCCACGACCAUUGGGUGUUUCCGUACUUCAGGACGCCAACAUAGGCUGCUGGAUGGACACAAACUGCCCUGGUAUACAGAAAUGCUGUGUGGAACCGAAUCCUGUGACUAACUCGGCCACACGAAUUUGUCGCGAUCCCGUUGGGAUUCGAAGCACAUCGUUAUGUUCGUUACCAAUGGUUGUUGGCUCCUGCACUGCACCUGUGACUCGGUUUUACUACGAUGCAUCAUCGGGAUCGUGUCAACGAUUUACAUACUCUGGAUGUGGCGGAAAUGCCAAUAAUUUCCAAUCUUUGGCAAGCUGCCAAGCCACAUGCGGAUCUUCGGGUAUAACUGGCACUCCUCAAUGCCCAGCGGAUGCAAAUGCUGGUCUAAACUGCUUAUUCGCUCAUGCUGAUGCUUGCAAUACGAGCAGUGACUGUCUUGGACGUGAAAACACUGUACAACCAUCAUGCUGUAUGACCACAUGUGGAUACAAAAUCUGUUAUCAAUAUUGA